AAAAGGUCUCGCUGGGGGUGACGGUGCUGCUGGCCCUCACUGUCUUCCAGCUGCUGGUGGCGGAGAGCAUGCCACCCUCGGAGAGCGUCCCGCUCAUUGGGAAGUACUACAUUGCCUCCAUGACCAUGAUCACGGCCUCCACUGCACUGACCAUCUUCAUCAUGAAUGUCCACCACUGUGGCCCGGGGUCAUGGUCUGUGCCCCCCUGGGCCAGGCGGCUCAUCCUCCACCACAUGGCCCGGCUCUGCUGCAUCUACGAGGUGGGCGAGAGCUGCAAGACCCCCCAGCAGAUGCUGGGCAGGCAGGCAGGCAGGGAGAACGUCGGUGUGCCAGGGGAGAGCCCCAGGGAAGGGGAGAUGGGUGCUGAGGCAGGGGGCUGUCCCCGGGACCACUGCCUGUGCCAUCACGAUGACCUGCUGAGGAAUUUUGGCUACAUUGCCAGCUGCUUCUGGCGCCACCGAGCCACCCAGUACCGGACCAGCGAGUGGAAGAAGGUGGCCAAGGUGAUAGACCGCUUCUUCAUGUGGAUCUUCUUCUUCAUGGUCUUCCUCAUGAGCAUGCUGGUCCUGGGAAAAGCCAACUGA